UUCAGGGAGAUUCAUUUCUAUUUAUUUAUAUCAUUGAAUCCGAUUUUAAAGUUUUUUUUCCCUUUUAUUUUUCUCUUUCGUUAACUUGAUUUUUUAUUGCUUAUUGGUCUACUUCAGCACAAUUUCUCAUUUUUUGUUUUCUUUGCUUUUGAUUCCCUGCUUUCUUUUUCUUCUUCCCUUUCGCUCGUCUCAUUCAACAGGGCUUUAAAUCUAAUACCCAUAAUUAUUUCUGUUAUUUCCUUUCCCUCUUCGUCAGACCUGUGAGAGACCUCGCACAGGGUUACAGUCACUGCUGACCGCAAGGAUUUCGUCGCAAUUCUUAUGGACAUCGCCAUUCCAUCCCCCUCGGGUGUUCCAGUCGUUCUCCGUACGACAAUUUAGCGACCGUGUCGAUCCGUAUGGCCAUCUCCAUUGCCGACAGUUCCUGUAGCCCGACGAGGUCGCUCGGUCUGUUGUUGGACCCGGAGAAGGUUGACCUUCCCCGUCCCAAGCAGAGCAUGUGGCAUCGCCUGGGCCUUCGCAGGUGGCUGGGCCGCGAUGAUCGAGAUUUCUCCUCACAUUCCCCCGCUGGCGACGCUGCCCCCACCGCAAAUAAACCCAAUUCUCCAGCCGCCCACAACGAGCAUAAUGGUAAUCAGAACAGUAACAACAACAACCACCACAACUCACCCCCCAACGGCAAGAAUACCAACAACAAGCCGCACCACAGCAACAACAAAGCCCACGAUAAUCUCAAGCGUCGCCUGUCCAGAAAGGUAGGAGUUGGUCUGCCGCGAGCCACUACCUUUAAACGACAGAACUCCGAGCGGCGAGACAAUCUAUCACCCCUAGAACCCGAGCCCCGUCGUGCAGUGUCUGCCGACCGUCGUCGCGCCGUGAGCUCCCACCGGUCCAGAUCCCCACCGCCCACCGUGGACCCCAGACUGUCCGCUCCCGAGGUUCAGUGGCGCGAAGACCCGAGCGAGACCACGGUCGAGCGACUGCCUGAGGCGAAUGAGGACAGCGACUUUCUCUCGGAAUGGAACCCCUGUCCUGACGUGGCGGAAGCUCCCGAGGAGCUACCGGACGACACGCUCGAGAUGGAACUGGAAAAGCGAUGGAUUUUGAACCUGAGCAUGCAUUUUCGGGAUCGCUCGGAGCGGGAAAAGUUUUUCGUCACAUAUGCUGAGACUCCGACUCGGUGGCGGAGAGUCACCAUAUCCUGCGACUACCGCGGUGCGCCCCCGGAUUCCCUGGAACAAGACCUGAGGGAAUUGCGGUAUCAGCGAGACAAGUGUGCCCGAAUUUACGAGUCGAUUCGCGAGUCGCUGUCGGAGAUUCAGUUUUACGACACAGUCACCAACCUGAAGCUGGAAACUCGCGACGGCCGCCUGCAUGUGCACGUUACGGAGGAUGUCAACGAAAUCAUUCCCUAUCCGCCUGUUUCUUGUAUCGGGCAUUUGCCACAAGCACGACUGGUCCCCGAGAACCAGCUCCAUUUCGACGCGCAUCUAUCCGGCUUCGUCUACAACGUCCAGUUAGAUGGCAAGGCAUACAUCAAGAAGGAGAUUCCUGGACCCGACACAGUAGAUGAGUUUCUGUACGAGAUCAACGCGCUUCACGCCUUACAGGGCACCCCUUAUGUGGUCCGGGUAGAAGGAAUUGUGGUCGACGACCUGCAGCAGGUGGUCAAGGGUCUUCUCAUUAGCUAUGCAGAAAAGGGAGCUUUGGUCGACAUUCUCUACGAGAACCGUGGCUUGAUUUCCUGGGAGCGGCGGGAACGCUGGGCCAGGCAGAUCGUCCACGGUCUUUGUGAGAUCCACGAGGCUGGCUACGUACAAGGAGACUUUACUCUUUCCAACAUUGUUGUUGAUGCCGACGACAAUGCCAAAAUCAUUGAUAUCAAUCGCCGGGGCUGUCCGGUAGGAUGGGAACCUCCUGAGAUUGCGGCGAAAAUCGAGAGUAACCAGCGAAUAUCGAUGUAUAUUGGAGUGAAGACGGAUUUGUUUCAGCUGGGCAUGACGUUGUGGGCUCUGGCAAUGGAGGAAGAUGAGCCAGAACGACAGCCUCGUCCUCUAAUGAUUCCACCGGACGCACGGGUACCGGACUACUACCGUAGGUUGGUCUCUAUCUGUUUAAGUGCCACCCCCCGACACCGGCUGUCGGCCAAGGAACUUCUAGGCUUCUUCCCCCGCAAUAUGUGGAUGACCGAGCAGUCAUUUCCUCCGAUACGUCCUGCACAGACAGGCCUCGGCGUCGCCUUACAGAACGGCGCUUUGCCGCUGUACGAUCCUCGAGCGGCUUUUCUGUAUCACCACACGCAGCCUGUAGUCAAUGGGGCGUCUUUCGACACUCAAUUAUCGCUGGAUGAUACAUACUCAUUACAGCAUGACGGCAGUGACUUUGCUUCUUCUCCAGAUAGAGAACAUUACAUCAUGUCCAGGGAGCAGCAAGUCGGGGUGGCUAGGACAGCGGAGCACGAACUGCUCGAAAGGGAGCCCCUAUCUGCAGCCCAGCGCAGAGUAAACGCAGUCACCUAUUCACCAAUGGCCAAUGGAGUCUUGCCUCAGACGACUCUGAGAGGCUCUCAUGCAGUACACAACACCGUCCCAAGUUAUAUAGAAGACGAGCCUGAUUUGGUCGCCAACGCUCAUCCUCCUUAUCCGCGACGAACAAUGGACGGUGCAGUUGAUCAAAUCCCCUGUGAAGCGGAUCAUUUGCCGAAAGAAUUUGCUGGUGUAGAGGGGCAUCUAUCGCCAUCAUUGAAUCGCUAUUCAUCCAACAACCUAUCGGAGAUGGGACAGUCUCAAGAAUCUCCAAUGUCAUCAGCAGAUACCCAAUCAACGGAUUUAUGCCCAGCUCACCUGACGGACCUGGGACAGGCGCUGAUGGACGACCAACAUUGGCCGAUGGAAGCGCCGUCGCGUUCCGUUUCUUCACUUCUUCACUCGAUACUACCGAUUAAUCCUGCAGCCAAUGUCCCCGACCAGAAAAUGAUAGACUCAGACGCAGACCGAUUCUCGCAUCUCAGUAUGAGUUCCACCUUGGGAUACCCUCACCAAGGCCUCCAAGAACCCACGACCUAUUUGAGCGAAUCUCAUUUACCCAUCAAUCCAGCAUUUACGGAAGACGCCUUAGGCGUCCAUAUGACAGGAAGGGAGUGUUGAGCCAUUGCAGGUAGUGCCACUUGUUCAUAGUAGUCAUCCAUGACUUGCAAGCCAUGGGGACCGAACAGUGCCACUCCUGCUAUUUUCACUGUACAGUUAGUUCUUUUGAAGCGUUGCUCUAAGGAGUAUUCAGCGGGCAUCAUGGCGAAUAUGGAGUUGGAUGAUUUCGGGGUUUGCUUUUUUCUUUCAUCUUUGUUUUAUCUUUGGCUUGAUCUACUAAACGCUGAUCAUCCCCUCAAAAGCCCUCACGCAGGUUUUCACUACUGCAGUUGCGAAUUAAAGUCUCGGGAACCCAGCUGCCAUCAGAGCAGUGGGGAUAAUUCUGGACAUGGCGUUUUGUU